GCUCUUCAAGGUGCGGCAGAGCGAAAACAGAGACACCAUCGCUAGCUAACAGCUAGUUCGAUUGGCGUUUUUUUUUUUAUGCCCCGGUUUUUUAAAACAAAGGCCGUGACUGUGUUUCGUGUUUUUUUUUUUUUAUGAAAACGGGGAUGUAAGGUAGCUGAUAAAUUUUCACCAAAAAAAUCGUCAGCGAGCCUACAAGCCGAACUGGGGCUCAGUAACAUUCUUUUUACGCUCAGUCGGAAAAUUCACGGAGCUAAGCUAAGCUAAUAGGCUGUAGCUAAUGCUAGGGUAGCUAGCGAGCUAGCUUUCGCAAGUGUACUAACGCCGAGAUCUUACCGAAUCGAUUUUUUUUUAUAUAGAAACAGAAAAUGGCUGAUGUUGACAAGCUCAACAUAGACAGUAUUAUUCAACGUCUUUUAGAAGUCCGAGGAGCAAAGCCUGGCAAGAAUGUGCAACUGCAGGAGAACGAGAUCCGUGGACUGUGCCUGAAGUCCAGGGAGAUCUUUCUCAGUCAACCCAUUCUGUUGGAGCUUGAGGCCCCCCUCAAAAUUUGUGGUGACAUCCAUGGGCAAUACUAUGACCUCCUGAGGCUUUUUGAGUAUGGGGGCUUCCCUCCAGAGAGCAACUACCUGUUCCUGGGUGACUAUGUGGACAGGGGGAAGCAGUCUCUUGAAACAAUCUGUCUUCUUCUGGCCUACAAAAUCAAAUACCCGGAGAACUUCUUCCUGCUGAGGGGAAACCACGAAUGUGCUUCAAUCAACAGAAUAUAUGGUUUCUACGAUGAGUGUAAACGAAGGUACAACAUCAAGCUCUGGAAGACCUUCACAGAUUGUUUUAACUGCCUCCCUAUUGCUGCGAUUGUGGACGAGAAGAUCUUUUGCUGCCAUGGAGGACUGUCACCCGACCUUCAGUCCAUGGAGCAGAUCAGACGCAUCAUGCGUCCCACUGACGUGCCCGACCAGGGCCUGCUGUGCGACUUGCUGUGGUCCGACCCGGACAAGGACGUUUUGGGCUGGGGGGAGAACGACAGGGGCGUCUCCUUUACCUUCGGCUCCGAAGUGGUAGCCAAGUUCCUGCACAAGCAUGACCUGGAUCUGAUCUGCCGCGCCCACCAGGUUGUUGAGGAUGGCUACGAAUUCUUCGCAAAGAGGCAACUCGUCACAUUGUUCUCGGCGCCGAAUUAUUGCGGGGAGUUCGACAACGCCGGUGCCAUGAUGAGCGUUGAUGAGACUCUCAUGUGCUCCUUUCAGAUUUUAAAACCAGCUGAGAAGAAAAAGCCCAACGGCAGCCGUCCUGUGACUCCCCCCCGCAACAUGGUCACCAAGCAAGCCAAGAAAUGAGGGGCCACACUGCUGGGGGGGACCAAAUGGCCAGAGAUGCAUUCUUCCUGGUCUGCUUUCAUGUUCUGCAGUCAAAGGAUUGGUUAUUUUUCACGCUGCCAAUACCGCAAAGAUAUCCACUCCUACCUGAUGAAAGCAAAGAUAUUUUAUUGUUUUCCUGUCCACAGGGGUAAAUUGAUAUGUCACCACGGAAAAACCUCAGGUGUUUUGCACUCCAUUUUGCAGCUAGUCUUUGCCACAUAUGACUGUUCAAUCAGGAAAAUGUAAUAAUAUGGCUACUUAUGCACAGGAAUGCCUUGUUUGAAGCUGUGCACACUUUGUUUUUAUUCCAAGUUUAUUUUAUGUCUUUCCUUUGUCAUUUCAUUCACCUGUAAUUGUUAAUGGCUUAUAAAAAGUUUGAGGAAAGCCACAGACACAAGUUUAUGUCUGUAACCUUUAUUUACAGUUAAUUUACUCAUAAUUUCAUAGAGAAUUGACUACACUGCAUCACAUUUUUAAAUAAGUCUUGUGCUAAAUUAAAAACAAUAAACAAGCACUAUUGUAAUGUCUAAAUCUUUCUAAUAAACUCCGGUGUGUUUUAGGAUGGAAAUUGAUACCUGAAUGUUGUUUGUUUCUAAGGCUUUUAUUCCUCUUAAACCUAAUAAACAGAAAAUACAAAGAGAA